CCGCCACCCGUGUAUGUCGACGUCAUCGCAUGCAUCGAAUUGCGCCUUCGCUAUGUGCGUGGUGCGCUUCCAUGUCGUUGUUUGAACAAUUGGGCAUUAAAUUUGGUGCGGAUUUGAGUCCUCACGGCGCUUCUUGGCGACAGUUUCGUCAAAGGAGGAGGAGCCUGUUGAGUGCGCUGGUUGUUGUGCACGCCGCGAUUGUUGUUGUUUUCGUGGAGCUGGGUUCUGUGUGUUUGAGUAGUCAUAAUUGGAACGAAGGAUUUCGAGUGUGGAGUUUGGCAUCCGGAGAAUUGGGUUGCAGUCGUUGUUUUACAGCUUGGGCGUAGCGUGGUGGUGCUUUCGCAGUUUCUUUGCUGCUGCUGCUGCUGCAGCGAGAGUUUUUCUUUUUUUCUUUUCUCGUGGUACUUCCUUUCUUGUUGUGGAUUUCGUGCAUUGCGCGGAAAGGAGAAGGGGAACGAUACGAGCUUUGAUGGAGUACAUUAUGUUUUGAUAUUACUGUAAUAAGCACGCGUUGGAUAGGGUUCGUUGUGCAAGCAACUGUGGUACUGGGUAAGAAAUUUGGGGCUGCUUGGACUUGGGAGCUUUAGCUGAGAAUCAGAAGUGCAAACUGUUGAACGAAAGGGAAGAGACAGAGGAAGGUUGACGGCUGAUUUUCAGCACAAUGAGUACCCAGGAUGGCUCACAAGGGGUAGAAGCGAUAGAUACAGCGAGGCGCUCAUCGUCUUUGCAAAAAGCUGCUCCCUCGGCUUCAAAUGGUGCUCUUCCCACCGAGCAAAACAAGUCUCCUCAAGACACUGGCUCAGUGGUUCGCCGCAAGUCCUUCAGGCCUCAAGGAGAACGAACAGUGAAACGUUUACGGCUGUCGAAGGCUCUUACCAUUCCUGAUGGCACUACUGUGGCCGAUGCGUGUCGUCGAAUGGCCACCCGACGGGUGACUGCUGCAUUGCUCACCGAUUCUAAUGCUCUACUUUGUGGCAUCAUUACGGACCAGGACAUUUCAACCCGAGUCAUUGCCGAAGGACUAAAACCUGAAGAGAUAUCAGUUUCAAAGGUGAUGACAAGGAAUCCUGUUUUUGUAAUGGGUGACACACUAGCAGUUGAAGCUCUCCAGACGAUGGUGCAAGGAAAAUUUAGACACUUACCUGUAGUGGAGGACGGGGAAGUGAUAGCACUAUUGGACAUAACAAAGUGUCUUUAUGAUGCGAUUGCUCGCGUGGAGGGGGCCGCGGAGAAGGGUAAUGCUAUCGCAGCUGCUAUAGAGUCUGUUGAGCGUGAGUGGAGCGUCAAGGGCUCUGAUAAAUCUAAUUUCGUUGAGAACUUGCGGGAUCGAAUGUUUAAGCCUACUUUGAGAUCUUUGAUUGCGGAAGGAACAAAAGUGGCCACGUGUUCAUCAUCUGAAACAGUCACAACCGCAACAAAGAAAAUGAGAGACCUACGGAUGAGCUCAGUCAUUGUCACUUCAUCAAGCAGAAAACCGAGAGGAAUCCUCACGUCAAAGGACGUUUUAAUGAAGGUUAUUGCUCAAGGUUUACCGCCCGAAUCAACCACUCUGGAUAAGGUGAUGACGCCUAAUCCUGAGUGUGCUGGUUUGGACACAACUCUGGUGGAUGCCCUACAUGCAAUGCAUGAUAGGAAAUUUCUCCAUCUUCCUGUCACAGAUAGCGAUGGGUCCGUGGUAGCUUGUGUGGAUGUCUUACACCUCACACAUGGAGCUGUAGCAACUGUUGGAGGUGGUGGUGUGGCCCAAGCCAUGGCGACAACCAUGUUACAGACGUUCUGGGACUCUGCUAUGGAACCAGCGGAAGAUGAAUCAGAUUCUCCCAGUGACAAUUCUGCACGACGAUCUGAUGCCAUUUUGGAAAGACCGCCCAGCUAUCCAUCGUUUGGACCUGGAAAUACUUUUUCUUUCAAACUGAAAUUAUCUGCUUAUGAUGGGAAGCCUCACCAUUAUCGGUUUAAUUGUGGUUCUGAGAGUUUAACGGAGCUCAUGUCUACGAUUGCUCAACGUGUUGGUGAUGAUAUUGAUCUAACUCAUCUUCCUCGACUUAUGUAUAUUGACGAUGAAGGUGAUAAAGUGUUACUUGCCACUGACUCUGAUGUUGUGGCUGCUGUUAAUGUCGCUCGGAUCAGUGGCUGGAAGGCUUUGACACUUCAUUUGGAAGAAUCACAAGAACCUCGAAGUAUGAAGGCCUUUUCUUCGAAUAAACUUUCUGUAGCUGUUGACGAUUCCGACGGUUGGUCUACCAUACAUACUGCACUUAUCACUUGUACAGUAGCAGCUGUUGCAUUUAGCGUUGUGUUCUGUUUCCGGCGUUUCAAUACUUUAGGUACCUAAUACAUACAGCAACUUACGAUGUCUUAACAACAUCCAUCAAUGAAAAGUUUUAAAUAAUAGAUGUGUGCAUCAAAAGGUGCGCAUUUGUAUUGGAUUAUAAGGAUAUGUGGGACUGUUGUAGGUGAAAAGCACAAUUUUUGAUCGGGAAAAACCUAGUUCUUCGUGAUUGAACUUUGACCCUAUUAUCAUCUUUUAUCCCAAGCGGCUCUGCCACUUGUGGUUAUCUCAA